ACUAUCUAUUCCUCAUUUCCUCCAUAAACCAACAAACAUUCAAGCUCCAACUUUAUCCUCCGUUAACACAACAAUGGCUUCUCCUCUGCAAACACUGAUUGCCACAAUGGCUAUGCUAAGCCUGGUUAUUGGAUGUGCAGAGAAAGUAAGUGGAAUGCGUUACAUUCCCAACUUCUUCACUACCGGUGAGACAAAACACUCAGAGUUUCUUGUGAGCAUUGCACCCCAACCAUCUGGUCUCAUCCCUAGAUUAGGAAGAUUCUUGCUGCCACCCCAGCCUAAAAGGCCAUUCCAUCCUUACAACGAUCCAAUUGCUGCUGCUCCAGCCUCUUCUUGUGGAAUCCCUAGUAGUUUUGCCCCACACCCUGGAUAUGGAGCUUCCGGUCCAAGCUCUAGAGAAGAUGAAGUUCCACCAGUGCCACAACCACUUGAACUCGUCAACAAAUAAGCAUUUGCUAGACGCACAAGGGUCGACAAUCUUGGUAUCGUCAGAUUCCUUCUUCUGGUUUACACAACAAGUCUACUAGCCAUUUCAUCACUCAUAUCGCUGUUAUCUCUCUCUCUCAAUAAAGAUAUAUAUUAUAAAAAU